AUGCAGCAGUGGACUUCGCUUCUUGCAGCCAUUGGGCUGCUCACUAAUGGUGUGGGCGCACAGAACAUGCUGCGUUUUGCUUGCUCACAGCUCGUUGUUGACCGCGUCGAUCCUCUCGUCAACCCGGGCAUGCGCUACACUCCCCAUCUUCACCAGAUCGUUGGUGGCAACUCCUUCAACCUGACCAUGACCCCGGUUGAAUACGACCUCGCCAAGCGGUCAACUUGCACCUCCUGCAGCUUUGUUCAAGACAAGUCCAACUACUGGACCGCUGUCAUGUUCUUCCGAGCAAAGAACGGUUCUUAUCACCGCGUGCCCCAAGUCGGCAACGGUGGUCCUCAGGGCAAGCUCAUCAACAACGGCGGUCUCGCCAUUUACUACAUCCCCAGCGGCAGGACCACGGCCUUUGCUCCUGGCUUCCGUAUGCUUGCUGGCAACGCUGCUGAGACGGACGACAACAAGGUCAACAGGGGUAACAUCUGCCACCGCUGCUGGACGUCGACGAAUGAGGACAAUUUCGUCGGCGGCGCUCCUUGCACGGGCAGUGACACUGUCGCCAUUCCCCAGGACACUCGCUGCAAGAUGAUCCGCCAGACCAUAAUCUUCCCUCACUGCUGGGAUGGCCGAAAUCUUGACUCUCCCGACCACAAGUCUCACGUAGCUUAUGGCCAGGGCUCGGGUGCCACUGGCGGUGGUCCCUGCCCGUCGAGCCACCCCGUCAAACUGCCACAGCUCAUGUACGAAAUCAUGUGGAACGUCACCAACUUUGCCGACAGGAGCAUCUGGCCCGACUCUGGCCCAGCCUUCGUGUACAGCAUGAACCUUGGAGGUUCGGCUGCCCACGGUGACUAUCUCUUCGGCUGGGAGGGCAACGUCCUGCAGAGGGCCAUGGACAACGGCUGCAACCUCAACCGCGAUUGCCCUGCUGCUGGUCUCACUUAUCAGCCUCCGGAGAAGUACAACGCAUGCACUAUCAAGCAACAGGCCCCCGAGCCCGUCGACGGCUGGCUCAAGGCCAUGCCCAUGGGCGAACCUGCUCUCCAGGCUUGA